GAGGCUGCUGCUGCUGCUGCUGCUGCUGCUCACGCUCCCGGCCGAGCGGGCGGCUCCGCAGACGCUCCCUGCUCGGCCCGGGCUCCCUUCGGAGGAGGUGCUUGCUUGCCUGCCUGCCUGCCUGUUUGCCGUGCAAGAGCUGGAAGGGAAGCUUAGCUCUCCUCGCUUCUCCUCCUCCGGCGACUCCAAUUCCGGCCUCCCCGCCGCCCGUGCGGGGAGGGAGGGAAGGAGGCAGGAAAGCGGGCGGCAGAGGAGGGCAGCCCGGGCCCGGCCAGGGUCUGCGAAGGAUGGGCAAGGAGGAGGAGGAAGGGGCCGCUCGCCGGAGACGACGCAAGAGGACCCGCGGCAGCGGGAUUGGAUUGGAAGGAGACAAUACAUUGACUAAGGAGCCAGAGUGAAUAGCUUCUGAAUUGUGAUUGCUACUGGACUAGACUAUGAAUUGACACCUUAGAUUUUGGCUGUUACAGCUUUUCCAAGUGACUGCGGAGGUGGUUGGACAGCCAUGGCAUUCUUUACUCCUUGGAAGUUGUCUUCUCAGAAACUUGGCUUUUUUCUGGUGACCUUUGGCUUCAUUUGGGGAAUGAUGCUUCUGCAUUUUACUAUCCAACAGAAGACUCAGCAUGAAAGCAGUUCAGUGCUUCGUGAGCAAAUACUGGACCUCAGUAAAAGAUAUAUAAAAGCACUGGCAGAAGAGAAUAGGAAUGUGGUGGAUGGGCCUUAUGUUGGGACUAUGACUGCAUACGAUUUGAAGAAGACACUUGCUGUCUUGCUGGAUAAUAUCCUGCAACGUAUUGGGAAGCUUGAGUCUAAAGUGGAGAACCUUGUAAUCAAUGGCACUGGUGCAAACUCCACAAACAGCACCACCACUGCUACUCCUAGUUCAGGAACAGCUGAAAAGCUUAAUGUUGCAGAUCUUAUUAAUGGAGCCCAGGAACAGUGUGAGCUGCCUCCCAUGGAUGGUUUUCCCCACUGCGAGGGCAAAAUUAAAUGGAUGAAAGAUAUGUGGCGAUCCGAUCCUUGUUAUGCAAGUUAUGGUGUGGAUGGGUCCACAUGCUCCUUCUUUAUUUACCUCAGUGAGGUUGAAAACUGGUGUCCUCGUUUACCCUGGAGAGCAAAAAACCCUAAUGAAGAAACUGAUCAAAAGACAAUGGCCGAAAUCAGAACCAAUUUUGAUUUGCUAUACAAAAUGAUGUCCAGACAUGAAGAAUUCCGGUGGAUGAUGCUACGAAUACGGAGGAUGGCUGAUACUUGGAUAGAAGCUAUUAAGUCACUUGCUGAAAAACAAAACCUGGAGAAAAGAAAACGAAAGAAGGUUCUUGUCCAUCUUGGAUUACUCACAAAAGAAUCUGGGUUCAAAAUUGCAGAGAAUGCCUUUAGUGGAGGCCCUCUUGGAGAAUUAGUCCAGUGGAGUGAUCUAAUUACAUCUCUCUAUUUACUUGGCCAUGACAUUAGGAUUUCAGCUUCAUUGGCCGAACUGAAGGAGAUUAUGAAGAAGGUUGUUGGUAACAGAUCAGGUUGCCCCACACAAGGUGAUAGAGUGGUAGAACUCAUUUACAUCGAUAUCGUUGGACUCACCCAGUUCAAGAAAACCCUUGGACCAUCCUGGGUUCACUAUCAGUGUAUGUUGCGAGUGCUGGAUUCAUUUGGGACUGAGCCAGAGUUCAACCAUGCUCAUUACGCCCAAUCGAAAGGCCACAAAACACCCUGGGGGAAAUGGAACCUUAAUCCACAGCAAUUCUACACAAUGUUUCCCCACACUCCAGACAAUAGUUUCCUUGGCUUUGUUGUGGAACAGUAUCUUAAUUCCAGUGACAUCAAGCAUUUCAAUGUCAUUAAAAGGCAGAAUCAGUCACUUGUUUAUGGAAAAGUCGACAAUUUCUGGAAGGAUAAGAAGUCUUAUCUCGAUGUCAUUCAUACCUACACUGAAGUUCACGGAACCGUCCAUGGAACAAGUGCUAUCUAUAUGCCUAGCUAUGUCAAAAACCAUGGCAUCCUUAGUGGCCGGGAUUUACAGUUCUUGCUAAGAGGCACAAAACUCUUUGUUGGCCUUGGUUUUCCAUAUGAGGGCCCUGCUCCACUGGAGGCCAUCGCAAAUGGAUGUGCAUUUCUGAAUCCAAAGUUUAAUCCACCCAAAAGCAGCAAAAACACAGACUUCUUCAAAGGCAAGCCAACUCUCCGAGAGCUGACAUCUCAACACCCCUACGCCGAAGUCUAUAUUGGAAGGCCUCAUGUCUGGACUGUAAAUAUCAACGACCUUUCGGAAGUUGAGAAGGCAGUGAAAGCCAUUUUGAGUCAAAAGAUUGAACCUUACUUGCCCUUUGAAUUCACAUGUGAAGGAAUGCUGCAGAGAAUGAAUGUGUUCAUUGAGAAGCAGGAUUUCUGCCACGGACAAGUGAUGUGGCCCCCAUUAAGUGCCCUUCAAGUUAAAAUGGCUGGGCCUGGAAAAUCAUGCAAACAGGUUUGUCAGGAAAAUCAUCUUAUCUGUGAGCCAUCCUUUUUCCAGCACCUGAACAAGGACAAAGACCUUUUGAAAUUCAGCAUUGAAUGCCAUACGGUUGAGUCCACAAAUGAUAUUCUGGUUCCUUCUUUUGAUGAAAGGCGAAAGCACUGUGUUUUCCAAGGUGAUCUCUUGUUAUUCAGCUGUGCAGGAUCUCAUCCAAACCACAAAAGAAUCUGCCCUUGUAGAGACUAUCUUAAAGGACAAGUUGCACUUUGUAAAGACUGUCUAUAGCAGCAACUCACGUGACUUUAUGAAGGGACAAACAAAGCACGUGGCUUAGAGAGCUACUGCCAUUUUUUUUGCACUUUGCUAUUGCAGGCAGAACAAUUGCUGAAGAGUAGAAGUCUGUACCAAGAAUGGAACAAAUAAGAAGAUUAAAAAUAAAAUCUCUGGUGAUAAGGGUUUCCUAAGUCAGCAACUGCCAUGAAGCCCAUGGGAAGUCUCUUUAUUUACUUAAGGAGAAAUGGACAAAUGGAACCCAACACUUUGUAAGAGGUAAAACAAAAGCUUGGGAUAUUUUGCAUUUCCCUUCUAAACAACUCACCAUGGUAAAGAACUGUUUUUGAGUAUUAUGUCACCAGUACAAAAAGCAGACGUGAAAAAGGCAGUGCAUGAAAGACUCCAAAACAUAUCCUGGGCAUACAGACUCUAGCAUUCUCCUGAACUCUGAAUGGCUGGUGCUGUUCCUGCAAACUUGGAACUACAAGAUAAUGCAGCUACUGAACAUCUCACCACUGACUAUUGGUUUCUCUCUUACCUGUCACAUAUCGAGCAGUGUCACUUACAACCCAUGCAACAUUGAGAGAACUGAGGAAGCAGCACCAUGAAUGAGGCGAGCUAGAGCAAGAGAUCCUUCCUGGGUGAAUCAUGGGUCAUGACUGGAAUCAGUCAGGGCUUCCGUAGCCACAUAAGCACCCUGUCUAGAAUCAUGAAUGCGCUCACUUCUCAAUUCACCCUAGGUUUUUUUUCACAAGGUGGCAAUUAGAAAUGUUUUGUGAUCAUUGAAAGCAGUAUGGCUUCCUCUGAGCAAUAUUUUCUUGAAUUUUCUGUUAAAGUAGUGAAACUGAAAGAUGAGAGUAGAAAUGAGGCUGUUCCUGAAACAAUUGGUGGUAGAAGUGUGGCCUGCCAUGUAAUCUUCUGGCAACUGAAAGAGCUACUGUGGAACACACACACCAUUUACACCUUUGCUACAAAAGAGAGGGGCUUCUUUUCUGCCAUUUUUAUAGUUAACAAAAAUACGUGGAAACAGAACAGUUAUGUACAAUUACAGUUAAUGAAAAGUGCUGGACUCAGAUUUUGCUCGUAGACAUGUAAUGAGUUCUUCCUUUUAAAAAAUGUACAGUAUCUUUUAUUUCAAAAAAUGUUUUUGCUGCACAAUUGACACAUCUUUAUAUGCACUACUUGUGGAUUAUGUAAAUGGCAUUUGGUAAAGAGAAGCCUUCAUAGUUCUGCAGUAAGGUCUUGAAAGCUACUGUAGGUCGGGGCAGCAAGGAAAGGUUGGACUAUUUUCAAUAUUGCAUCUGUAUAUGCUGUUUUGGUUUUCUUCUGCUGUUUCUACUCAUGAAGUAAUACACUUAAUUUCUAUCUUUUGUAAUAUAGUUCAUUACUUUCUUCUAUGAGCACUAGCAUAGCUCUUGACAUGCCAAAGACCAGAAGAGAAAAUUAUUCUCAAACAAAUUGUCAAGGUAAGGCUUAAAAACAGAACAUUUAAAAAUAUAGGCCAGUAUCUACUUGGUGUCAUUCCGCUUUGACAAAUAGUAUUGUGUUUGCGGACAUUGGCUGAAAUCCUGCAUGAUUGAUGGCAGAGUGUAAAACUCUGCAAAAUUUCUUUUGCUUGUGUUCUUCUUCCAUUGUCACACGUGUUUCCCCUUGACCAUGCAGACACUCCUUCAGCCUAUCAAUACAAGGUGAGGGCUCUUCCUCUUUCUGGUUACAAAACUGCAAUCAAAUAGUCCCCGGGAUCAUGCUUGCUUCCCAUUCACUGGCCAUGGGAUCUACCACAGUGCCCACAGGCUGUAGCUUGAGAGUUGGUGAUGGGAUGUCAUUGCACAGGUAGGUGCUGGAUACCUCCUUUUGCAAUGGCCUUAAAAGCUACUGCAUCUACCAACAUACAUUACUAAACGAGUUCAGGCCAUCUUGUUUUAGAGCCAAUGCAGUUAUCAAUUUCCAGGUGCAGUUGCAUGCCAAAGAACCAGAAACACAAGUUUGCAGUUCUUCCUCUAUAUUUGUGGUUUUGACUUUAGAUUUUAUUAUUCAUGGGGUUUUUUUUCUCUAGAAAUCUCCAGGUCCUUCAGUCUGACUCGGUGGUCAUUUGCCUCUAGUCAUGCUGGAGGAUCUCAAGAUUUCUAGGCAUUUCUCCAUCCUCCAUUGUGAUUCUAUGGCCAACUUCCAGUCUGGGGACCUCUUCACAUAGGGUUUUUUUUUUUUUGCCCCAUUCUUCCAUUUGUCGAUGGAGCCUGCCAAGCAUCACUGGCUUGACCCCACCCACAUUACUCCCGAUGUAGAGGGGAACCGGAAAGUUUUUUUUGAUAGCUCAGGUGGAGCUACCCACACUUUCCUCUCUUUUUCUCCAUAUGACGGGGCAAAGGGUAGCAGAGCAAUGUGCAUUGCCACCCUUUCACCCAUCUGAUGGGGACAUGGAAAGGGCACCAAUGCAUCCUGUCCCAUCCCUACCAUAUAAUGAGGAAAGAAGGGAGGGGCACCACGAGGCGCCCCGCCUGCACCACCCACAACUGCCGGUGAAAGAAGUCCUAGGUCUUCCAGCAUGACUUCGAUUCAUAGAAAUUCCUAGAGUGGUGUUCUCUCAGAUAAAUAAAGCAAUUUCUGUGUUCACAACUUUGACUUUCAUGGGAAUCCUGUGCCCCUAAUGUGGAAGGCUCACUUUUCUCGGUGAAACUGAAAAAAAACCAGCUGAACAUUUAGUGUUGUUUUCCCCACUAACAUUGUGUAUGAUUUAAGGCAUACGCUUAUUUCAGUUGCAUAUAAAUCCAUGCAUAUAUAUUUGUGAGAAAGAAUUUUUAUUAUGGAACAUAAUAAUGGCAGACUUGAGUUAAAAUCUGGUUCUUUCCAUUCUGAUGGAAUAUUUCCCUUUUCUAACCGUUUUAUGUACAGUCAUAUCUCCAGAAUUGUUUUUUCAGUAAAGGUGCUAAACAUCCAUAACAUAACAGGGGAAAUGGUUCAUCAAAGUAACUAAAACUGUUUUUGUGGAAUUGAAACUGAGCAGCAGCUGAUCCAAACUCUGUAUUAGGCUUUACCCAAUUGGCUUUCAGAAUGAAAAGGCCAACUCACAUCUUGAAUUUCUGCAUUAUAUGGCACCUGGAAUUUAAUAUUUUGUGGGUUAGUAUCAACGAAUUUUAAGCUCACUGUCUGAAAGUACAAGAAGAACUGCCCCACAUUUUAAUUUGUUUUGUUUUUGUUGCAUAAUAAUAAUAAUAAUUGACCAUUCUCAGUUUUGGCACAUUUGAUAACUGACCUAAAUUAUUUCAUCUAUGAUAUGUUCUUGGAUUAAAACAGAUUUUUGCCAAGUCGAAGGCAAAAAAAGCACUACCACAGGUAGCUCUGAAAUGGUUCUGCACUGUAAAUACAUCUUUAUAAAUGUUUUCAUAUUACUUUUCAGAUUAGUAAUGCUCCAGUCUAAUAUUACUCCUUCAGAAAAAGCCGUCCAAUUAGGAAGGCUAGGCCAGUUGCAGGAAAGUUGUAGCAGGAAUGGUUAGGAAACUGAUCUAUCACUUGAGGAUCUUUCCUUCAGUGUUGGUAUAUAUUUCAUAUUCUGACACUACAUUCUCCUUGUGUGCUUGUCUGUCUUCAUAUAUGACUUUCUGGAGGGAAAUAGGCCAGAAUGAGCUCUAGGAUAAGCAUAGGGUUUUGCUAGUAUGUUGGUGCAAUAUAGGGCUUUCAGCAGAUGAUAGAGCUGUCAAGUGGCUAGCGUAGUGACUUGAUGUUCAUUGGCCAAAAAGAAAACAAACAAAAAAAUUAGCUGCUUAGUGGCAGGGUAGAAAAUCUUGAGUGAUUGUACAGGAAAAUAAAACAGACGAAGUUCUUAUUGUAAGAAUGUUAUAGUAUAUAACUGAAAAUAGAAGCAGACCUUUGAUAGACUUGCUGAGAUGUUUCAUACUUUUCUGUUGCAUUUUUAUGUCAGCAAUACACUGCUGAUCAUGGAAGGGAUUUAUUUAAGUUGUACAUUUGCCUUGCUAUAUGGCAAAUGCAAUAUUUGUUUACUUGGAAGACUUGGUGGUGGAAUACAGCCUGAAGCUUCAACAAAUCAUUGUUGCAGUUGGCAUAGGCUUGAUAGAGGCUUGAUAGACCUGGGACUUCUUUUUUCAAAAAAAGCAUUUGCCUUUGAAUGCAAGAACAAAUGAGUCCUGAACAGUUAGCUAUCUAUUCUGUAAGCUGGUAGAUGACUGUCAAGGCAUUUUGUUCUCAAGGUGUCCAUUAAAUCUAUAGAAAUCUAUGGAUACGCUGUAGGGAAUGCCUUCCUUGCUUCACUUGAAUACUUUCCUUUAAGGCUAAAUGCAAAAAACAAAUGAGUGAGAAUUUAUUUUCAGAAGAUCUAAGUCAGUGGUUCUCAACCUGAGGGUCCCUGGAUGUUUUGACCUACAACACCCAGAAAUUCCAGCCAGUUUACCAGCUGUUAGGAUUUCUGGGAGUUGAAGGCCAAAACAUCUGGGGACCUACAGGUUGAGAACCACUGAUCUAAGUAAAAAUAAAGGUCUUUUUCUUCAAACAGCUUCCAGUGCUAGGCAUAAUCUGUCAGAUUUUGGUUUUACAUACCAAAUGUAAUUGAUGGAUUUCCAUGAAGUCAAAAAAUACAAUGAAAAACAUUAUCACCAGAAGCAACAAGUCUUUAUAUAUCAAAAAUUCCUUCUUUAUUUACAGGUUUGUAGAAAUGUGUAUGUGUGUAUGUAUGUAUGUAUGUUUUUCUUUGAUCUGGUAUGUUUAAACUCUUCGGUGAGAUUACCAAAACUUGAGAGAAGCAUUUACAUAAUUUAUUUUUAAAAUUUUUAACAUUAAAAGCUUGCCUUUGAAAGGUAACUAUUAAAUACACUGUUUAAAAUGCCAAUAAAAACCUCAUUUAUUUCAUAUAUGCAAGUUGAUUUGCACAUAUAAAUAAGUAUGCUUUGAGUAUAUUUCACAUAGUUUUAAUCGUUUGUCUCUUUUGUAGUCCAGAGGUGCAGUGGUUAGAGAGGGUAUUUUUGGUUUUUGCAUGGCAACGAUAAGACAUUCUGCUAAUAGGUGUGCCUUUAAUUUUUAUUUUCAAUUAUUGUGUGUUUGGGAUGCAGACAAUGCCUGAAUAACUGUAAUGGAACACUGAGUUUUGAUGAUUAAUAGACUUUAUGUAAAUAAAUAUUUUUUAUAAUUGUAUUUUCUAUUGGGAGAGGACAAAGGUGUCGAAGCAAAGAACAUCCUACAACCUGCAAACUUGUCAACAGAAUGUUGCCUAUUGAUAUUUGUACUUGAAUGUUUGCGUCUAUAACUAAUGCACUUAUCCAAGGCAUUAUUUGUACUACAUCUUAGCAAAAAAGGAAGGACAAAAUCCAGUUGCCCCCAUAUCCAAAAGAUUGAGGUUUAUGGUUGGGAGGGCUUUGAUGGUGUGUCCCUGCACGGUAAAAUGGCAUUGGACUCUAUGAUUCUAUGAAGCUGUACUUGUGAAGCCCAGUAUCACAGAAUUAGAAGAUAUAAAUUGACAGAAAUGCAUUAAUCCCAUACAUUAUUGUUUUCUAAACUAGCGUAUCUUUUGGAUUGGUUCAUCUGUUUUGUUACGGAGUGUGAAGGUGUUGUGAAUUAUGAUUUUCUAUUCAUAUGGACGCAGUACCUAUUACUCUCUUGUUUAAAUGUGGGAAACAUUUCCAUUUUAUUCAGUUAUUAGCAUGAUGUUUUGAAAAACUUAUUCUAAUGUCUCAGAAAAAAUUGUGAUAAUCAAGCUAUGAGCUUUACCAUAUAAACAUUCCAGAAGCUGUCUAAAAAGAGAAAGAAACACACAUAAGUUCUUCCCCAUCCUCCUUACCAGGUACCAGUACUUAAAAAAAAAAAGAAACAGCCCCAAAGGGAUUAGGGUGCUUUGCUCCUCUUGGUAGUCUCAGACCUGACUUCAUUGCUCAGUCAGAAUCACCCAUCGCCUCUGUUUUCCGAUCCCACUGUUCACACGCUUCUCUACAACCCCAGGGCUAUGUCACUAGCAGUAACCAAACUGUGUGUGUGGUUUUUAAGGUCUGGAAAAUAUUCCAAGAUUUAAAGACACUUUAUUUUAAUGGCGUUAGAUCUUAUUUCCACAACUUGCCACUGAAAACUGUUGUCUUCCCAGAUGGCUGUAUUGGCUUCUUUGUUAUUCGCUCUUCCUGGCUUCAGUCAUACAGCUAGUUCACAAAGAAGACUUUGAGUGUUUCAGCAGGUCCUGGUCUGAACCCUAUCAGUAGACCUAGGCCCCUUCCACACAGAUGAAUAAAACCCCACAUUAUCUGCUUUGAACUGGAAUAUAUGGCAGUGUGGACUCAAAUAACCCAUUUCAAAGCAGAUAUUGUGGGAUUUUCUGCCUGGAUGUUCUGGGUUAUACGGCGGCGUGGAAGGGCCCCUACUGGAUCACCUGUUGAUGGUGAGGCAACAUUUAUGUAAAUCAUGUUGUUUCAACAGGUCUGGUCUACUUGGGACUGCCAACAGAAUUCAAGCCUCUGUUUAAAAAAUUAUAGAAAUAUUCUUUGGAGAGGCAGUGAUACAUUAAUAUGUAAUAUUUUCAUGAUAUUUUCAUAUCUUGACAGUCCAAUGGUCUCUCUUGCUUAGUGGGCAGACUUUUUUCCUAUUUUAAAAAUGUAUUUUGGCACAUUUGAAAUUACAUCUGCUACAUAAGUUUUAGAUCCAUAGUUAAAAUGUUUUGCUACCUUCUGGACUCAAGCUAGAAUAUUUUGUGGAACUGUUUGUCUAUUUCAAAGAACAGAACUUUUUUUAGCCUUUCUACUUGUUAGUAUCCUUCCUUUUAUUUGGACUGUUUGUUAUAUUUAGAAAAUCCAUCCAAAAUCAUGUUAGUUGUAGCUUAAGUUAAGAUUAAAAAAGGUUAACAUUUUCAUUUAGAUCACCCUCCAAAAAUAAAAAAAGCAGCAAGAACUUGAGUAAUGUAUUACAUUUUAUGAUGACAGUACUAGUACUGGCCUUGUUCGCAAAUUAUGUGAAAUUGCUAGCCUAGAUAUGCUUUGAAAGAAAAGUAAACCUAUUAUUUAAGAAGCAUGAGCAUGUAUAGCGAAGAGGCACUCAUUUUUAAAAAAAUCACAAUAAAUGAGAUCUGGUGCUCAGCAAUGUUAAGUGCCUUGAGCUUCUAGGUAUAUGGUUGGCAAAGCAUGAUCUAAAGCUGCUUUAGACAUUUCUAUUUUCAGCUCCUGUUGAUGGCUGUAAUUGUAGUCGUCACUGAUCUGCACAAAUUAGCAUAAUGGUACUCCACAAUUGGUACAAAAUUUGGUAUGCAAGUCUGCUUGGGUGGGCAUUUUAUCCACCCAAGGCAAACGUGUUUCAAGAUCAGUCUCAUGUUCAGAUGUUAAAAUCAACCUGUGUUCUGUGUUUUUUCUGAACCCCACCAUAGCAGUCCAGUUACAGGUUAUGCCAAUGAUUCAUUACAUGCAUUUCAAUGUGCCCAAAAGUUACUUUUCCUGAUUUGGAUUAUUAAGUCAUGGAUUCUGUAUGUUUGUUUCUUUUUCUUUUUUCAUGUCCCUAGUGCUUUUAAGCUUUCUCUUGUUAAAAUGCAUGUGUUUCCCCAAACAUGUAACACAUUUGCAUUUAUAACUAGAACAUUAGUUCAGUGCUCCCAAAGUGUCCAAGUUCCAUCUAUGUGGAGUGUGAUGGGGACUCCUUUGGGAAAAUUUUAAGCAGAGGCUAGAUGACCAUAUGUGGUCUCUUCCAACUCUCUGAUUCUAUUUAAUCCAUCCAUUAGUGAACAAUGGAAAUUAGAGUUUUAGAGUCUUUUGCUGUUAGGCUUGCAAAGUCAUGCUGAAUAGUCAUCUUUUCCAACUCUGUGAAUCCUAUUCUCCUGCUGUACCAACUGUGAAUGCACAGUUCUACCAUUUAUAUAUUGAGGAUGACAUCCACAAUUGGGAGGAUCUCCACUCAUGCACCAGAAUUUCUCAUUCCUCUCCCCCCACCUCUUCUUCACAUCCUGCUUCAUUUUCAUUUUUCCUUAUCCAGAAGGCCACCACAAAGGGUAGAUGUUUGAAGCAAAAUGAAUCUCAUCUAUGCUUACCAGGUGCCCAUUCUCUUUUAGUGGUGGAACUAAUGUCAGGCAGAUAAGCACUCUGGAGGCAGUGAUCAAGAUUGCUGCAGUUGAGUGCUGCAUACUAAAAGACACCUUAAAAACAUAAAAAGGGUUUCACAAGUGUGAAUAAAAUGAGGUGGCGGAAAAGCAAAAGCCACAGGUGAAUUUUCGUUUCACUAUCUCCAGAAAACACAUGCAGAGAGACCCUCUUGGCAAACCAGGGUGUUGAGAAAAUAAUAAUGAAGAAAAAGGGGGAAUGUGAGUACUAUUCAACUGAGUAACAAAUAGGGUUUAAUAUGUUUUUAAGUUUAACAAUCUGUUCUAAAAGCACUGUUUGUUUGUUUGUUUUAUAAAAAAACAUGCUUGAAAUUUUAUUUUUUUAUUUUCUAGAUUGUGUUCCGCUAUAUUUUGUUCAAGCAGUUUGCUUCACAGCAAGUGUAAUUGUCAAAUUAGAGGUGUAAUAACAUGGGCAAUUUAAAACUAAGGUGUAAAUGUCUGUAUUUUCAUGGCUGACAAAAUGCUUUUGUUUUCACUGUUGUAGGGAGAACUAGAGAGAAUUUUAUUUUUCAAUAAACUUUUUCUUGUGUGA